UAUUGGCUGCAGAAAGCAACGGCUCCCUUGGCUGAAAGCAGAAGCCCCACCCCAGUUCGCCCGCUACCCGCCAGUUCCUGACGGGAUCGAACGUGACCUUGUUUUGUGGUUGCUAGGAGACCUGGCUCCCGUACGCCCCCCACUGGCCGGCUCCGGAACCAAAGCUGAAAGGGGGCGGGGCCGCGGCAGGUUCGGGAAGCGGUCGGAGAAGCACCGUUAGGACGGCCUCGCCCGGGGCGCCCGCCCGGCGCCUCCCGAAGCGGCGUCCGGGCCCCUGCCACCGUCCAGGCCUAGCUGGUGCCCUCCAGAGCGGCUGUGAGCGAUGUGGGGUCUGGAAGAGACUUGGACGGUUCGUCAGGGCAUCAAGUGCCAGAGCUCCUUGGACAGCUAAGCUGUGCGGACGUGCGGGGAUUCUUCCCACCGGGUGGAAACGCCUACCAAUGCUUUCUCAUUUUGAGACUCCAGUUCGGGAGUCUCGUAGCUGGAUCCCCUAGGAGGAGAAGUUGUAAAGCAGUAAGAAGAAAGCGUUUCAAUUUGGAACACUUUGUUGCAAACUGGAAAUGGGGAAUGGACUGUCAGACCAGACUUCUAUCCUGUCCAGCCUGCCUUCGUUUCAGUCUUACCACAUUGUUAUUCUUGGUUUGGACUGUGCCGGAAAGACAACCGUAUUGUAUAGGCUGCAGUUCAACGAAUUUGUAAAUACCGUACCCACCAAAGGAUUUAACACCGAAAAAAUUAAGGUAACCUUGGGAAAUUCUAAAACAGUCACUUUUCACUUCUGGGAUGUAGGUGGUCAGGAGAAAUUAAGACCACUGUGGAAGUCAUAUACCAGAUGCACAGAUGGCAUUGUGUUUGUUGUGGACUCUGUUGACGUUGAAAGGAUGGAAGAAGCAAAAACUGAACUUCAUAAAAUAACUAGGAUAUCAGAAAAUCAAGGAGUCCCUGUACUUAUAGUUGCUAACAAACAAGACCUAAGGAACUCAUUGUCUCUCUCAGAAAUUGAGAAAUUGUUAGCAAUGGGUGAACUGAGCUCAUCAACUCCCUGGCAUUUGCAGCCCACCUGUGCAAUCAUAGGAGAUGGACUAAAGGAAGGACUUGAGAAACUACAUGAUAUGAUAAUUAAAAGAAGAAAAAUGUUGCGGCAGCAGAAAAAGAAAAGAUGAAUGGUGAUGCCGUUCAUAUCUGUGUGGAGUAGGUUUUCUGUGGUCUGAUUUUGACAAAUGGAAGAGUGUCUACAGCCUGGUUUGCCUGCCUGCCCUCCUGGAUGCUGUUAAAGCUUUGUUUUUCUGAACAGUCAGAUGCCCAACUCUGUUGCCUUGUGAAGAUGAGUAAAUGCAGUGCUUCUUAAAAUGGUCUCUUCUCCCUACCCCACAAAUCUUUUGGUACUACCAUUUUGGGAAGCCAAGCAAAGAUAGUAAAUUGACCAGAAAACAGUUGUGGAAAUUUGACCUGAAGUUAGUGAAAUAAAACUUUGAAGAAGAUUAUCUGUCUAGUAUUUUGUGCGUAUGUCUUCUUGGGGGAUGCCUUCACAAGGAAAUUGCUUACAAGGCUUUGUAUGUAUGUUAAGAUAAAUGUUAAUGAAUGGAAAUGUUAAGGUAGAUUAAUAUAUAUACAGUUAUAUUGAUCACAUUGGUCCACUCAGUAAGGGACAAGGAGGAAGUGUUUUGUUUUUUUAGUUUUUAGCCAAAUGAAUUUUGACAUUUUUUGCAAUAAAAUAAUGUAAUGCUAUAUCUGAAUUCUAGACAAUGUUUAAGUUGUUCUCCCUUAAAAUAAUAAAGUACUUGGGGCAUAUUCAA